GCCUGAGCUCCCCUGUAAUGCUGCUCAUUAACAGCCAAAAUAAUCACGAUCUCGAACAACUAUUCAACUCCAAGGAUAACAAACAACCAAUAUCGAGGCAUAUUCAGAAACAUAUCGACACAUUAUGAGCAACACAUCGACCUCAUUGCGUGUUCCUCAGCUUUUAGAGCCAAUUCACCCACAACACCAAGACAACACUAGCAUAUCAGAUCGGGACCUGACAAUGUCUGAAGCCCAAUCAUUCCCAGAUCAGUCGUCAAGGAACUCUCUAAGCGUCGACGAGAAAGAACUACACGGGUCGGCUCACCGCGACUCCACAUCGUCCAACGAAGGAGGCGUCAACGGGCGGUCCCUUACAUAUGCCACCAACACCAGUACGGAGCCUGCGGAAUUGAGCGCAUACGACCAUGACCGAGCUCUUUCCGCCUCUGCCACACCAAGCUCGAGCCGGAGCCGAAGUCGAUCAAGAGGCUCGUACGACAUGCAUCGCAUGAGCCAGGACGGAGGAAAUCGAUGGGCCGACGACAAGGAAGCAAAGCAGAAGAAGAUGCUACGAAAAAUCAUGGAUCACAAGUUGGCACCUUCUUUCUUGAAGUAGGGAUGCUACAGGUUCAACAAUGGUACAACAGAGAGCCUUUUUGAAUGAAAUACGAGCGCAUAGUUAUGUAUAGUGAUGAUCAUCAACGAAACUAUCCUCCA